AUGAAAAGUAAUCAAGAAGAAUUGGAUAAAGAAGUUAAAAAUGAUAAUGCAACAGAUUUAAAAUUUAUUUCGAAUGCUACAAAUAGUCUGUCACAAAUUCACUAUGCUUCCUCCGAAGUUAUAUCAAAUAAUAAUGAAUUAUGCGCCGAGCGCACUUUAAAUAGUUUUACACAAUGUAAGCGAUAUUAUGAGCGCUAUUCGUCUAAUCUAAAUAUGUUGCCAAAUGCGCCGCACAGUUUCAAUUAUUUGCGAUAUGCAAAAGCAAAUGAAUUACGAAAAAACGAAAGAAAUACACCGAAGAUAAGCGUUAAAAAUUUAUGUGUCACAUCAGAUAAUGGAACAUUUGUUAAAAAUUGUUUAUCUUGGACAACCAGCAUGUCACAUCAUUUACAAGAUAUUUCAUUUACUCUAAAGGGUGGUGACACACUUGCAAUUUUGUAUGCAAAAGAAUCAGAAAUGCGUAUUCUGUUGGAAAUAAUGUCAAAUAAUAUAUCAAAGGAAUAUUUAAUUAAUGGAAUAAUUGAAAAUAAUGGACAUAAAAUGAAUAUAAAUGAAUUUGGUGACCGUGUCGCAUAUGUCAACGCACAAAAUGUUUAUCCUUGGCUUACAGUAGCACAAACUUUAUAUUUACAAAGUUUAUUUGUCACCUCUGAUAGGAAUACUUUUAAUAAUGUUAAUAUGAUGGAGCAACUAAUUCAAACAUUAGCACUUUCAUCAAUUCGUAAUUUUCUUUGCAAUGAAUUAACAAUCGCCGAACGACAACGUUUGAAAAUUGCACUGCAAAUUUUAAAAGAUGCUGAUAUACUAUUAUCAGAUAAUAUUAUGAAAGAUAUAAAUCUAUAUGAGAUGGCAUUUCUCAUCGACUAUUUACGUGAUUGGGCAAUUAAAUUGAAUCGAAUUGUUAUUAUGGCUGUGCAACCACCAACAAUUGAAAUUUUAACAAUGUUUCACAAAGUACUACUGAUAGCAUCUGGAAAAGUUAUCUAUUUUGGAUUAUCAAGCCAGAUGUUGGCUUAUUUUGAACAAAUUGGCUUUCCAUGUCCAUCAUUCAAAAAUCCAUGCGACUAUUACGUAGAUUUAGUAACUCAUGAUUACUUAACCACUGAGUCAUCGUUGGAAUCAAUAAAUCGGAUCAAACGAUUGACGGAGAUUUGGAAGGAAAGAAUAAUUGAUGAAUGUGAGGCACAACUGAUAACUACUGAUCAACAAUUAUCACCAAAGAUUCAUCGAGUUAACUGUUAUCGUGUGGCAUUUCUCAUUUACAGACGUUUUUUCGAAAUAUUUCUGAAUAGAUCAUGGAUAUACUUUAAAGAACCAAUUUAUGCAUUUCUCAUUUCGCUUUUUGUUGGUUUUAUAUUUUUCCAAAUACCAACUGAUCGUUAUGCUUCUAUUAAUGCUCGUUUUGGUUUUAUCAUUUCUAUGCUUGCAAUUUGUUUACUUCCAAAUCUUUUCAUUCAUAUCGAAAGAGUAUUUGAUGAGCGUUUAUAUUUACUUGAUGAUGUUCGAAAUAAACUGUAUGAUCCAACUUUUUAUAUUAUGAUUAAGAUUACAUAUGACUUACCAAUAAGCAUAAUUUGUAAUAUAUUAUAUGCAUUACCUGCUUAUAUACUAAGUGGACUUCCACUCGAUGUAAUUCUGUUAAGUAAUUCAGUGAUGCUUUCCGGUUUUCUGAUUCAUCCAAAUAGUUUUCCUGCACUGAUCAAAUUGCUAUAUUAUUAUAAUCCAACAAAAUUAGCUGGUGCAUUGUUAGCUGAAAAUGAAUUUCUUCGUCGAACAGCACUCACCGAUUGGGUUACACUUUUGACCUCGUUGAACUAA